UAUUUUAUUGUUGAUUUUUAUAUCAACUGUAAUCUCUGCAAAUACUAUUAUAACUAACAAUAAUAUAACGGAAAAGUCUAUCUAUUCAUGCGGUGGUAUGACUGAGACAUCAUAUCUAUCUGAUUGUUAUAAAUAUAAUAAUAGUAUCAAUAAAUGGCAAUCAAUUAAACCAAUGUCUACACCGAGAGUUGAUUUUAGUUUUGUAUCAUUGGAUUCAAAAUUGUAUGCAAUCGGAGGCCUGAAUGAUUACGGAGCUCUGAAUAGUGUUGAAACAUACAAUAAAACAACAAAUACAUGGAAACCAGUUUCAUCAAUGAAUUUACCUAGAUUUGUCUUCAGUGCUGCUAUAGUUAAUAAUAGUAUUUAUGUUUGCGGCGGAUAUAAUGGUACUAAUAAUUUAAAAUCAUGUGAAUAUUAUUCAUCAAAUCAGGAUAAAUGGUUUAAUACAACAUCAAUGACUAUUGAAAGACAGGGUCUAUCAAUGGUAUUACACGACGGGUUUAUCUAUGCUAUCGGCGGUUAUAUUAUCAAUAAUACUGAUACUACUAAUAAUAAUUAUACAAAUUUAGUGGAAAAAUUUGAUACAAAAUCCAAACAAUGGUCACCAAAUACAGCAAAUAUGCAAUUAUCAAGACAAAAUCCGGGUUCGGUAUCAUUUAGGGGCAAACUGUAUGUUUGCGGCGGUGAGGGUACUAAUGGCGAUGAAAAAUCAUGCGAAACCUAUGACCCGAAAACAAACAAAUGGUCGACAAUUGCCUCAAUGAAUGAUAAGCGAUCUAAUUUUAAUUUAYUGGUUAAUGAUAACAAUUUGUAUGCAUUGGGCAGCUCUGUUUUAAGAUUUAUAGAUACGGCUGAACUUUAUGAUUAUAUUGAAGAUAAAUGGGUUUAUACGACAUUAAAAGUGCCGCUAAAAAAUCCAUACGGGGUAUAA